AUGGAAAAGAUCUUGAAGAAACCCAAACUUGUCGAAGAUGAAGAACUUGUGCCUGAAACCCCUGAAGCAGAUAUUCCAAAAGAAGUUGAAAUCUUUCAAUCUACUGAGAUUUCGAAACCUGCUGACGUCAAGAUUCUAGAAUCAAUGACUCUACCACAGGCUACUUCUACCAUCGAAUCUCCUACAUUCCAAUCUAUCAUGAAUCAACCCUUUACCACCAUUUUUUCAACACAGUCCAUUGAACCACCACAAUCUUUAUCACCUAUUGGUGAAACAAUGGCAAUUGAUGAAGAAACUGACAACGAAGGGUUUGGGGGAACUUUCGAAGACCUUUCUUUUGAUAAAUCUGAAGAAGAUGUCGGAAAUGCUGGAAUUAAUCUUUUGCAAGUUGAUUCGUUGAUGAAAGAGAUGGAAAACAGGCUGUUGUCAAAAAAUUCAGGGCUAAUUCGUGAUUCAGAAAGCCAAAUUUUAGAAAAAAUUGAUCAGUCUGAUAGUUCUACUCAGAAUAGAAUCAAGUUUCUAAGAACUGAUUUCUUGAAGGAAGUUAAAGAUUUGAGGAUGGUUACGAAGGAGCGUCAUGUGCUCUUCGUACACGAGGUGAAGAAAGUUAGAGAGGAUGUGAAUAUGCAGAUUAGAGAACUUCGUGAAGAAAUGACGAAAUAA